UCCUUCAGCCGUCGCACACGGACACGUUUCCCCUUGGACAGCUCCUCUUCGACUUCUUUUCUCGACUCUGGAAGAAUGUCAAAACGCAAGUACAAAUUGUACUUGGAGCCUAACAGCACAAUUAAAUUACCCCGUGCAAGACUAAAAAGAGGACAUUUGAAUGCAUUGCUCUUCACAGAUGACUGCAAAGAUCAAGGAGGAUCACACACUGCAGAUGUUGAGAUGAGAAUUCCUACCAUGUCUCCAUCUGGCCACUUGAAGCUUACACAAUCUGAUACAGAUGACACGACUGAUCAGGCCUUGCCUUAUGCAGAAUGUAACAGAGAAGAAGAUGGUGCUUCUGGAUCAGAUUCACACACUGCAGAUGUUGAGACCAUGUCUCCAUCUGGCCAUCUUGAUCUUCAGUUGGAUCCAGAUGACAUGAGUGAUCAGGCCUUGUGCAAUACAGAAUAUAGCAGAGAAGAAGAUGGUGCUUCUGGAUCAGAUUCACACACUGCAGAUGUUGAGACCAUGUCUCCAUCUGGCCAUCUUGAUCUUCAGUUGGAUCCAGAUGACAUGACUGAUCAGGUACUACCCCUUGCUGCCAACUGCAGAGAAAAUGAAAGUGAAGUCAGACCAGGUUCAACCUGCGCAAAUCAUGAGUCCAUGUCUUCGUUUGAUCACCUUCUGCUUACAUCUCAGCUGCAACCAAGUAAUAUGGCCCAGCAGUCUAAUUGUGAUUCAUCAUCUGAAAGCAGUUUUUCUGGAGUCGAUUCAGAAAUUCCAGAUCUUCCAGAAGAUGAUCCAUUCAGACAGAUAGGUUUUGACACAGACAUGGAUUCGGUACUAAUGUCAGCAGGUACAACGACAAAGGCUGAGGCACUGCUCAUGGUGAUGAGUCAUGCAGCAAGGCAUAAUAUAACAGGAACACAACUUGAUGAUUUGUUAAAGCUCAUAAAUACUCUUUUUGGCAAAGAGGUAAUACCCAGAUCAAAAUAUUUGUUCAAUAAAGUCUUUAAAAACAACUCAGAAAUAGUAGAGUUUCACUUCUACUGCAAAACCUGUAAAGUAUACAUUGGCACUAGGGCUGGGCGGUAUACCGAGUUUUGACAAUUUAUCGAUAUUUUUUCUCAACGCGAUACAGGAUGAGACAAUAUCGUGUAUAUCGAUAUGGUUUGAUGCAAACCUCUCCCGCUCAAGCUUCAGUUAACGCGCGCGAACCGGACCACUCCCACUCCAUCACACAAG